UUGACCUCCAAUCGGCUCGCCGUCCUUGACAUUCCUCCUCCCCCACCCCGCCGCUUUUCUCCCCCGUCCGCCCGCCCGUCUUCCGUCCGGUGAGAGAGAGAGGGGAGAUAAAUACAGUUUGUGAGGAGUGAGAAGCAUUAGUGGCAGGAGAGGCAGCCAUCACCACCCCGUACGUGUUGGGCGUAAUUAUCUCUUCCCCGAGGGGCGAUUUCUGGCCUCCGUCCCUCGCCCUCGCUCGCGCCUAUAAUAUUCGGGUAGGGGGUCGUUCCGUCCACGCUUCACGCAGGCUGUUCCUUCUCGGGCGGAAAUGGCGGAGGAGCACAACAGCGCGGGCGCCGGCUUCUGGCUGCCGGACGAGUUCCUCGACGACGACUUCUUCUCCGACGAGAAGGCGGCGGCCGCCGCGGCGGCGGCGUCGGCGGCCAGGAGCGACAGCGACGAGGAGGACGGGCUCGGCGGGCUCUCGCGCCGCGUGGCCGGCCUCGACUGCGACGCCGGCGACCGCGCCAUUCCCAAGGCGGAGGUGAUGUCUGGGUCUCCGCAGUCCACGCUCUGCGUGCUGCAGGCCUCGGGGGAGGACAGCCCCACCGGCGGCGCCUCGCAGGUCAGCUCGCCGCCGUCCUCGCCGCUGGAGCAGCAGCCGGCCGACCCAUGGGACCUGCUGCACGAGGCGGCCGGCCAGGUGGCCCGCCUGGGCGUGGACAGCGUCCCCGUGCCUGUCAACCCUCUCCCCAUCCAUGGCACCGGCGUCGCGCCGCCGGCGAGGAAGACCUCUCCGCCGCUGCUUCCGUCCCCAAAGCCCGUCGGCCCUUACCAGUACCCGCCGAACAACUCGCUCGCCCAGCGCCAGGCCCAAGUCGCUCGUUUUCAUCUCCUGAAGCAGCAGCAGCUGAUGAAGCACCAGCGGGAGCAGCAGCUGGCCAUGGCGGCGGCCAUGGCGUGGGGCUCCACCGACGUCGGGCCGCUCGGGCUGAGCCCCUCGGCCUGGCCGCCGCUGCAGAAGUCCCCGCACCACGCCCCACCCUCCGCGGCCGGCAUGCGCGCCGUGUUCCUCACCCCACCCGGGGCCAAGCGCGAGUGCACCGGCACCGGCGUGUUCAUCCCCCGGCAGGCCGGCGCGCCCGCCGAGCCCAAGAAGAAACCAAGCUGCUCCACGGUUCUCCUCCCGGCGCGCGUCGUGCAGGCGCUCAAUCUCAACGUCGAGGACCUCGGCGCCCGCCCUUGCUACCCCGGAGCCUUCGUUCUUGAUCACGACGCGCUGGUCAGCCGGAGCAACGCGAUGCAGGCGAGCCAGAAGCGCGAGCACAACGCCAAUGCCACCGCCGCCGCGCACUCCCCGCCGCUCGCCGUGGCCUGCGAGGUCAAUCUCCCGCAGGAGUGGACGUACUGAGACGCAUCGCCCGUCUCCCCCCCGUUUCCAUGGAUUACUACCAUAUUUAAUAUUACUAUUACUAUUAUCGAUGGUUAGCGCUAGUUAGAAGUUAGCUAGAGGUAGGAGGCGGUGGCGGUAGCGUCGAUCGAUCAGCGUUAGGCGUUCUUUUGUGCGUGCGUGCGUGCGUGUGGUGAUAUAUUGGUUAUUUUGGAGGACGGUUGGUGAUGGAUGGGCGCGGACGAACAACGGAGGAGAAACAAAAUCCAUGGCCUCCGUAGGUUGCUGCUGGGAGGAAAUAAAAGUGUCGUGGUUCCGACGAAGAAAUUUCGGAGGUAUGGUGCUGCCUGCUAGUUCUAGCUCUCGCUGUGUAAAGGCGAUGAUGAUCGGGAAAAUAUCAUCGGCCGUUCGGAAAGGUGUCGCUGUAAGAUAUAAGUAAGAAAUAAGAGCUCCAUGUUUCCCGCCUUAGUUGGAUUUGCUUUGUUGCAAUUCCACUUCAGUCAUGUGUACCAUCAUAUCAUCCCUUUUGGCAUCGUUCGGUUGCUUCAUGAAUAAGGAACCCCUCUCUUCUAUAAUAAGGAAAGAUAUAGUGGUGUUUUUUGUU